AAUAAAUCAGAAAAUUCCAAAAUCCUAAAAAUUCGAAGCCCUGCUUUCUCUCUCUCAACGGAAAGUCGUUCUCACACGGAACACAGCUCUCUCUCUCUCUUGCGUUCAAUCGCCGGCGGCAGAAGUAAGAAUGAACAAAUCACUCAGAAGCACUGGCGGUUAAUAGAGAUAUAGCACGCUGAAAUGGGAGGCUGCUGUUGCUGCUGUGCCUUUAAAGAAGAGGAACCGAAUAGGACAUCACAGUUUUACCAUUACCCUAGAGGGUCAGAGGAGCGACAACCUUUAUCUCACCAUGGUGCAGCCUUGGUACUCUCCACAGGUCUCUUAGUCGAUACAAAUCUUGAUACCUCAAGUCUGGAUACUUAUAGACCACCUCCAACACCAAGGCCUUAUGAAACCUUUGCAGGGCGGCCUAGAACACCACCAGGCAAUCAAGACGCUCGCAAGAGUGAUGCAACAGCACAGAUAAAGAACACAGAAUCUGGUGAAGAGACAAACUCUGGAAAUCGUGCUACUUUAGAAUGUGAUGCCAAAGCGGUAGACAAUAUUGAUCUUACUGCCCUGAAUGUAGUGGUUGAUGAGCUUGAGAAAUCAGGUGAUCUUAAGAAGUCCAACGAAGCUAUUGUUCCAUCCCUUGUAGAAGAGGAGGAUGUUUGCCCAACUUGUCUCGAAGAAUAUGAUGAGGAGAAUCCGAAGAUCAUAACAAAAUGUGAGCAUCAUUUUCACCUUGCGUGUAUUUUUGAAUGGAUGGAAAGAAGCGACACUUGUCCAGUCUGUGAUCAGGAAAUGGUUUUCAGUGCCUAAGUUGUGAGAUAUCAAGCUCAAACUUCAUACAUUGUCCAUUUGAUAUAGAAGGGAGUUGGUUUUGGUGGUUGUUUAUAUUUCUGGGUUAGAUUUUUUUGUGACAACUGGCAGCCCUUUGCUUUGGCCAGUUGAUUUAUCUUGUUUUAUCAGUUCUUUAAACGAAUUGAAAAAAAAAUUAAAAAAAGCUCACUGUAAAAAAAUGAAAAGAAGAAAAUGCUAAUAUAUGGAUUUCAAUGCA